UGCUCAGCAGAGUGGUCAUAAUACAAUGGGGUGGCACUUCACGCGCUCUAGUAGGCCCGUGUAUUGCAACCUGCUAUUUUCAACGUGCUUUUCUAGCUUCCCAAUAACACGGUCUUUAGAGCACCGCAAGAUCGGGGCUGAACUUGAACUUGCUGGUUUCUUGCUAUUUUGUGUUCUGCUAAAUUUUGUGAGAAACAAAGCACGUUGCUUUCGAACAACUAUUAUCUUGUUUCGUCAGCCUUAUUGCCAGCCGACAUGUGCUACGCACUUGCAUUAUGUUUCCUCUUAGGCACCCAUUUCGUUCCAUUGCAUCUUGCGAGCAGCUUGACGAAAGGUACCCAAGCAACAUACAAGAAGUGCCUGACAGAGGCAACAGUGGAGAACUGCGAAACAAUUUUGUUAAGCUGGAGUUAUAACAAUGAAACGAAUGAGUGCGAAAAAGGUUUUGUUUGUUAUGAUUGCCUCAACAGGUUUGACACGUUUGAUACUUGCUUUCUCAACUGCAAUACGGUUUCAGUAACAACCCAGAAGCCGAAAAAACUGGGGAAACCGUGGUUCUCCAAAAGAAAAUGGAAGCCAUGGCGCAGGGGCUGCAAGUACUGGCUUAUGCAUGGUGCAUGCUGCCAAGAGGUCUGGCUUGUUUUCGAGAAGAGUUCUCGAGGGAAGACGCGACGGCUACUUGUUUACACUGGAUGUCGCUACGACAUGUACAGAAUAUUCGCAUACGAUUUUUCUUCACGAAAAUGUUACGAAUUGAAAAAACGCCCACGUGCCCAAGGACAGCAGCCAAGCGAAAAAGAGUUGGAACUACUUCGUGAUAGAAAACGAGGAUGUCAACACAAAACCUCAAAUUCAGCGAACGCACCAUCCACCCUACCCGAAAAACCGGCCCCGUCAGGAAUGCCCCCCAAACCAAGCAUAGCUAGCCAAAUCUCGGAACCCACCAAGCAUCCCACAAACACUGCACAAAAGAAUGCCUUGAAGUCAACACUUACAAAACGAAACAUCAAGUCAGUAGCACCAAAGAAUCAAGACAAGCCCACCUGAUUAAAUGAACAGAAUUCCCUGAAACAUGCGUUAUAGGUGAAUGCCACGCAACUAAACAGGGCCCAAAUCUCUAACAUUAACCAUGUGACGUGAGGACAAUCUAAUCAAGAUAGGAAACACCUUCACUAAAGUGGCCGUUUUGGUGUAGUAAAAGGUGAUGACCAGUACCACUUCUGAGUACCAUCAAACAAAUAGCCGGAAGAUCGUAUAAUAACAAAAACAAAAGAGCUCGUACUUUGUUGCCUAUUUUAGAUAAAAUAAUUGCACUCAUUAGCACUUUCCUUUCAUACACACGCACAGCAUAACAUUUUCUUAAUGCCUCAUAAACAUGAACGCCUAAGGAGCAUGAGAAAUCGAAAUACACUGAAUCUUCUUUGAUGGAAGUAUAUGCAAAAGAAAGAUAAAACAAAUAUAAGCGAGGAAUGUGAAGUAUACUUUCCUUCCACGUGCUGACUUACAGGUGGAGUCAAGAAUACUAAGCUAGAAAGCUGCACUGAGGCCCAUCUAGUAGAAAACUAUUCUCUGUUAUUACACAUCAAGAUCUAGAAAAGCAAAUUUCAAAAAAGUGUUCUCUGGAAAUUUACUCAGAUUAGUCCAGGGACACUUCAACAGCUUUAGAAAAUGUCAUUGGCCUCUUCCUUCCUUACAAUAACUCAUCUUCAAAAGUUUCAAAUGUGGACCGAGCUAAAGCAAUACACAUAACGUUUGGCUAUGUUUUUUCUCCAGUUGUCCAUAUACGUUUUAUUCAGAGGUAAGCCUGUCUAAUUAGAAGAGGCGAGCCUCAUUCGAGUGUUGUCGUGUGCCCACUAAGCAAGCGAAAACGAAAUGCGCCUUCAUGUACGUGUAGAAAACCAAACAGUUGCCACAGAUGCCUGAGCACACAGAUUCGCUUCAUUCACAGAUACAAGAUUGAAGCCUAUUAAGCGUAAUCAGUCUUGUCAGACUCCUUGUUCAUACAUCUCUACACGUGCCUACGUCCAUAAAAUGUGGAUAAGUUGUUCACGUCUUCAAUAGCAGUUCACCAAAUCCACACUGAACGCUAUAAUUGAGAAUUUUUUCCAUAAAAUGGCAUGCCUCUCAGUAAUGCUUUUCUCUUUACAAGGUGCCCAUCACCAAACGGAGAAGCAGUACAUUUCGUGACUGAAUAGACUCAAGCAGCCACGGUAAAUGCUCGAUCAAUUAUUCGAUUCAAGCACACAAGUACUGUGAGCCUUCAUUCAGAACGCAACAUUAGAAAGUUC